UAUACUUACAGUAUAUUCAUGAAUCCCCACUCUAUCCCUCACCCUCUCCUUUUCUUUCAAUACUUUUUAAUAUACUUUAAUUUUUUUCAAUAAUAACCCCCUACUUUUAUUAUUUCUAACGCUAUAAUAAAAGAAAAAGAAAAAUAUCUGGACCGUGGCGUGACCCUAUUUCUCGUGAUUCCCGUAAAGGAUGAGCCAUAUAUAGAUACACCACCAUAUACGUAUAUAUAGCGAGAUACAUACUGCACCAUAUCACCACCUCCUCAUUCAUUACUAGUUCAUUCAACAGGUUACCUAAAACGUCGCCGUUUACAUUUCCGUUCCGCUCGGGAUUCUUGCUGCUUCUCUUCAACCAUUCUGCUUAUAAAACCGCAGCGCAGCAAAGAGAUAGAUAGAGAUACACGAGAGUGAUGGAGGCGGAAGAGGGGAAAUCGAUAGACACAACAAACACAAAUACUAAUACAAAUCCAUUUAAAAUUACCAUUGGUGUUUGUGUAAUGGAAAAGAAGGUGAAAUGCGGCUCCGAGGUUUUCUCGGGGCCUAUGGGGCAGAUUUUGGAUAGGCUACAAGCAUUCGGUGAAUUUGAGAUCAUACAUUUUGGUGAUAAGGUUAUUCUUGAAGAGCCAAUUGAGAGGUGGCCCAUAUGUGAUUGCUUGAUUGCUUUCUACUCCUCUGGGUAUCCUCUUCAAAAAGCGGAAGCAUAUGCUGCUUUAAGAAAGCCUUUCCUUGUAAAUGAAUUGGAUCCUCAAUACCUGCUUCAUGAUCGAAGAAAAGUAUACGAGCGUCUUGAACUGUAUGGUAUUCCUGUUCCGAGAUACGCUCUCGUUAAUAGAGAUGUGCCAUAUGAGGACCUGGAUUUUUUUGUUGAGGAAGAGGAUUUUGUUGAGGUUCAUGGGAAUCGUUUUUGGAAGCCUUUUGUGGAAAAACCAGUUGAUGGUGACAACCACAGCAUAAUGAUAUAUUACCCUAGUUCAGCAGGUGGGGGCAUGAAAGAAUUAUUCAGAAAGGUUGGUAAUCGGUCUAGUGAGUUUCAUCCAGAAGUAAGAAGAGUGAGGCGUGAGGGCUCAUAUCUAUAUGAGGAGUUUAUGCCAACUGGAGGAACUGAUGUUAAGGUUUAUACUGUAGGCCCUGAAUAUGCACAUGCAGAGGCAAGGAAGUCUCCUGUUGUUGAUGGCGUUGUUAUGAGAAAUCAUGAUGGAAAAGAAGUUAGGUAUCCUGUACUUCUCACUCCAAAUGAGAAGCAGAUGGCAAGGGAGGUUUGCAUUGCAUUCAGGCAAUCAGUUUGUGGUUUUGACCUGUUGCGUUGUGAAGGCCGCUCAUACGUGUGCGAUGUAAACGGGUGGAGCUUCGUAAAGAAUUCCUACAAGUAUUAUGACGAUGCUGCUUGCGUGUUGAGAAAGAUGUUCCUAGAUGCAAAAGCCCCCCAUCUUUCAUCGACAAUUCCUCCGAUUUUGCCUUGGAAAGUUAAUGAACCGGUUCAACCUUCUGAGGGACUCACACGCCAGGGAAGUGGAAUUAUAGGCACAUUUGGACAGUCCGAGGAGCUACGUUGUGUUAUUACUAUUAUGAGACAUGGCGAUAGAACUCCAAAGCAGAAAGUAAAGCUGAAGGUGACUGAAGAAAAGCUAUUGAAUUUGAUGCUUAAAUACAAUGGGGGAAGACCUAGAGCUGAGACAAAACUUAAAAGUGCUGUGCAGUUGCAAGACCUUUUGGAUGCUACAAGAAUUCUGGUUCCACGAUCCAGGCCUGGCCGGGAAAGUGAUAGUGAGGCAGAAGACAUCGAGCAUGCUGAAAAACUGCGUCAAGUUAAAGCGGUUCUGGAGGAGGGAGGGCAUUUUUCUGGCAUUUACAGGAAGGUUCAACUAAAACCUCUAAAAUGGGUUAAAAUUGCAAAAGCUAAUGGUGAAGGUGAAGAUGAAAGACCUGCUGAAGCCUUGAUGGUUCUUAAAUAUGGGGGUGUUCUUACACAUGCUGGCAGGAAACAGGCAGAAGAACUGGGAAGAUAUUUCCGAAACAAUAUGUAUCCAGGAGAAGGUACCGGUCUGCUUCGUCUGCACAGCACAUAUCGUCAUGAUCUGAAAAUAUAUAGCUCAGAUGAAGGCCGUGUACAGAUGUCAGCUGCUGCAUUUGCAAAGGGCCUCCUUGAUUUAGAAGGACAAUUAACCCCAAUUUUGGUUUCACUUGUUAGCAAGGACUCCUCUAUGUUGGAUGGACUUGAGAAUGCCAGUAUUGAAAUGGAAGAAGCUAAGGCUAGGUUGAAUGAAAUAAUAACAUCUGGAGCAAAGACAACUCAAAGCAACGGAUCACCUGCAAAACCUUGGAUGGUUGAUGGAGCUGGGCUUCCUCCAAAUGCUUCAGAACUUCUCCCAAAAUUGGUGAAGUUGACAAAGAAGGUCACCGAACAAGUGCGGCUGCUUGCUAAGGAUGAAGAUGAGAAUUUGGCAGAAAAGAGCUCGUAUGAUGUUAUUCUCCCAUACGAUCAAGCAAGGGCAUUAGGUAAAACAAAUAUAGAUGUUGAUCGUAUUGCUGCUGGAUUACCCUGUGGCAGCGAGGGAUUUCUUUUAAUGUAUGCUCGAUGGAGAAAACUUGAGAGAGACCUAUAUAAUGAACGAAAGGAGCGUUUUGACAUUACACAAAUUCCAGAUGUUUAUGACUCAUGCAAGUAUGAUCUCUUGCACAAUGCGCAUCUUAAUGUAGAAGGGUUGGAUGAACUCUUCAAAGUUGCUCAGUUACUUGCAGACGGUGUUAUUCCCAAUGAGUAUGGUAUUAAUCCAAAGCAGAAACUGAAGAUUGGCUCAAAGAUUGCUCGACGCUUGCUUGGUAAAAUAUUGAUUGAUCUGAGGAACACUCGUGAGGAAGCAAUCAGUGUUGCUGAACUAAAGAGUAAUCAGGAGCAAGAAUCAACAAUUAAUACCACCUUUACAGAACCACCACCAGUGAAGACUGAGAAAGAGGCAACAGUCAACAAGACAACAAAAGAAGAACAGGAUCAUCAACGAAUAUCUCAUAUUCGAAUGGAGGACACCAGGAGGAACAGCUUCACAAGUGACAUGUCGAUGGAUCAGGAGGAGGAUGAUGACAAAGAGAUCAAAUACCGGUUGGAUCCAAAAUAUGCAAAUGUGAGGACACCGGAUAGACAUGUUCGAACGCGCCUUUACUUCACAUCUGAAUCACAUAUUCACUCUUUGAUGAAUGUUCUUCGCUACUGUAACUUGGAUGAAUCACUUCAAGGAGAGGAUAGCAUGUUCUGUGACAAUGCUUUGGAACGCCUAUUUAAAACAAAGGAGCUUGACUACAUGAGUUAUAUUGUUUUGAGAAUGUUUGAAAACACGGAGUUGCCUUUAGAAGAUCCCAAGCGCUUCCGUAUAGAAAUGACUUUUAGCCGUGGUGCAGAUUUAUCACCUUUGGAGAAGAAUGAUAGUGAGGCUACUUCAUUGCAUCAAGAGCACACAUUACCGAUAAUGGGGCCAGAGAGACUGCAAGAAGCAGGGUCAUAUCUGACACUAGAGAAGAUGGAAGCAAUGGCUCGGCCGUUUGCUAUGCCGGCCGAAGAUUUCCCCCCGCCAUCAACUCCACAGGGAUUCUCAGGGUACUUCUCCAAAAGUGCAGCUGUAUUAGAGCGCUUGGUCAACCUUUGGCCCUUUCAUAAGCAUGGAAAUACCAAUGGGAAGUAACACUUAGUUUAGCUAUGUCCACCUCUUUCCCCUCCCUUGAUAUUAUGUUCUUUAGAUCUUGUAUAUCUGUAACUCUGGCCAGUUGGUGUACUUGUUAUUAAGUGAAAUUUUGACUUGAACAAAGAACUUUUAGCAUCGCAAAUUGUCUAUGCGCUUACCUUC